AUGCGUUCGCUAGACAGAGGUGCAAUGUCAGUCAGUCAGUCAAGAAGCAGAUUUGCUGCUCACUGUUAUUCUACACUUCCAAUGCAUGGAACGAGUAAUCGGGGAGUCAAUCGAUGGGACAAUGGAGGACACAGGGUUAAAGUCUCUUAUGCAGACCACCCAAUCCAGUGCGUGCAACUUGCGCCUCAUUGUCCGCAUUUCACUUCUGCCGUUGUUAUCACUCACAACAUCGAGUUAGAGAGUACCACCGCCAGUGUGCAUCCCAUGCACCAGAAGUGGACCUGA